AUGACCUCAAAAAAUGAAAUAACUGAAAGCCUUUUAUGUGGUGGAGAAGAUAUUUCAGCACUUGUAGUUGAUCUAGGUUUUUAUAGUUCCAAAAUAGGGCAUAAUCAGGAAGAUACACCAAGAAUAUUUUUAAAUAGCAUAUGUGGAGAGGAUAUAUAUGACAACGGUUAUUUUAAUAAUGCGGAAGAAUACAACAAAGGGAUGCAUAAGGACAAAUUAAAGUUUCCAUUAAAUAUAUAUAAUAGACACGAAAAUGUAAGAAUAAAACCUUUAUUUUAUAAGGAUAGUAUGAGUAAUGAAGUUAUAUUAAAUACUGAUGUAUUUGAAAAAAUAAUAGAAUAUUCGAUAGAGGGUGUAGAAAUAAAAAGAGUAUAUGAAUGUAGUGAUGAAAUAAUAGAUCCAUUUAAAAUAGGUGGAUUAAAUUUAAAUAUUAGUGAGCAUCCAAUUCUUUUAUCUGAAUCUAAUAUACAUAAUAAUAAAAUAAGAGAACAAAUGACAGAAAUACUAUUUGAAAAAUAUAAUGUUGCUGCAUUAUAUUUUGCUAAAAAAGCUAAACUCACAUCUUUUAGUUUAGGAAGAUCUAAUUCGCUAGUUAUAGAUAUUGGGUUUAGUUCAUUAAAUAUAAAUGGGGUAUAUGAAGGAUAUGUUCUUCAAAAAAAUUCCAUGGACUUUAAUAUUGGUGGGGAUUAUUUUGAUAGGUUAAUAUAUAAUAAAUUGCAAAAAAAUAAUGUUAAUAUUUUGCCAUAUUUUUGCAAAAACUAUAUAAAUGGUAAUAAUAAUGGAAAUGUUGAUUUAUUUAAAAAUAUUCAUGACUCAUAUAGAGAGGAAGCUAUUUUGGAUGUAAUCAGGUAUAUGAAAGAAAGUGUUUGUAAAGUUCGGGUUGAACAUAAUAGCGCCCAUGGAAAUAGUAUAAAUGAAAGUAAUAACAAUGAGACAUGCAAAAAAAGUACAAAUAGUAAUGAAAGUGAUAAUAAUUUAAAUAAUCAUUCGGAAUAUAUUAAUAAUGAAAGUUAUUCUUUAAAAGAUGAAUUUUUUGAAUUACCAGAUGGUUUUAAAAUUAAUAUAGAUAAUUAUAAAUAUGAUAUAGCUGAACAUUUAUUUAAAAAUUCACAAUUUGAAAACAAUUUCAAAGGAUUACCACAAUCAGUUAUUGAUUAUAUUAUAUCAUCUGAUGUAGAUAUAAGAAAAGAUUUAUUACAAUCUAUUAUAAUAACUGGUGGGUCCUCAUUAUUUCCAGGUUUAGCUGAACGAUUAUUUUAUUCUUUAAAAGAAAGUGAAGCUUUUGCUAAUUCGAUUAAAGUAAAAAUAUUAAAUAUGUCAUCAAUUGUGGAAAAUAAAUACUCAUCAUGGCUAGGUGGAUCUGUUUUAGCUAGCUUGGGUACAUUUCAACAAUUAUGGGUGUCCAAAAGUGAGUACCUUGAUUCAGGACACAAACUUAUAUUUGACAGGUGUUUUUAA